ACAAUAACAACAACAACACCCGCGCACAUCUCUCCCCCUCUUCCCCCUCCCAUACACAUUCUGUACUCAUGCCAUGGCGCCGUACUACAACCGUCAGCCGUAAACUUUGCCACGAAUUGCCGGAAAGAGAAGUCAAUGUUUCUCUUAUUCGACGCUCACCCUGCAAACAUGAAGAACGGCAGAAACCAGACCGACGUCCUGUCCAUUGAGAGGACGCUUGGUCUGAAGAGCGAACGUGGCAUUUCACGACAGGGCAACAAGGAUUCGCCACCCAUCGAGGCCAUUCUCAAAGGCAUCAAGCUCAUCAUGGUCGCCUACGUCAACCAGGACCUGACCAUUAUCCGUGAUUCCGACGCUCUCAAAGCAGAGGCGACAACCCUAUUCGACCAGUACGGUCCGCAAAUAUGGCCAGGACCCGACGAGCCUCGCCCGCACUGGUUAGAGGAACCCAGCGAAAUGCGACAUGAGGGCAAGUACCCCAAGGCUUGUCAUUAUACCAUUCCUGAGGACUACGAAUAUCUCAAAGAACGAUUUAUUCAGCUCGUAAUUGAAAAGGCAUGCAAUUACCACGAGAAUCAACUGCAAAAGCAUCGCCGACAUACUGCCAAAGUCCUCCAGAGCCACUCGAACGGGGACAACGAAGGCGAAGACUCACGCGGCGAAGAGGCCGAUCGUGACGAUUCGGACUCACCAGGACAGCCAGCGAGCAAGAUCGAUGAGUUCCAGUCGCAAUUUGCAGCAUAUACGCAACCAGUGCCAGAUGAGGACGGCAAGCCACAUGGUCUACCGCUGACAGGUGGCGAUAAUUCCCAACCAUCAAGUGCUCGUAAACGACCGAGAAACAACGUCAACGUGGAGGAGAAUAGUACGUUCAAGCGGGCACGCAGUGAAAGCAUUGCCGGCUCUUCUCAGGGAGAGUCAUUAGUGGUGCCAAGUACUUACUCGUUCCAACCGAUCAAUGGCGAGCUCACACAAGAACCACCCGAGCUACCCCGUGCGCAUGGCUUCAAUCCAGUCAAUGCUGCACCGCCCCCAAUAGCCGCUGCCGCCAGCGCACCGAAUGGCAUGGCGCAUUCUAUGGAUUCGCUGCCUUUCAGCAAGCCAUCGCCGGCUGCUAGUAGCCAACAACCCUCGAGCAGUGCACCCAACAGCAAUCGAAUGCUGCCCAGCGUGCCCGUUCCGCCUCACCAGAGGCCGCUGCCUUCUCUUACAGGAUUUCCCGGGUCCCACGAAUCUGCUGCCGAUGGCCCACGAAAUGAAAAUCAACGAGACGACAGGCGGCAGUCAGACCCGCGAAACUACGAAUCCCCCUAUGGACAGCAUCAUCCCGCGUUCCAAGGACAAAAGCCCGAACAGUUCCGAUCGGGGUUCCAGCCUGUAAAUGCAUCUUCACCAGGAGGGACACGACCUCCUGUCUUGCAGCUCCCAUCUCAUGCGCAUACUCUCCCUGCCCAUACUUUGCAAAACCCGUUCCGCACCUUCCCUUCUGGCCCAGCGAAUUCUCCUCCAGCCUUCGGCGCGCCUCGUCUGGAGGGGCAGCCGCUUCCGACAACGUUCAACACAGUGCGACCCUCGCAUGUGCCAUUACCUGAACCUGUCCUCUCCGCGUUGGGACUGCAGGGACCACGACCACAAUCUCGCUCGAAACAAGCGCCACGGCGACCGAGUCCGUCUGGCCAUCGUCGACCCAGCAUGGCGCCUUCUCUCCCUCCCAUGGAGCUUGCAGCCGACAGGAGAGAAGCCAUGCCACAUUCACACGUAGCUACGCCGGAUCCUCUCGACCAUGAUGCAGUAUAUUUCGAAGAUGUACUUGGCGACCUUGCCACGUGUCCCGUCAUUUUCAAGCUGAAAGAGGAGUUGGGGCCGAAGAUGCCUCGCCACAGACUCGACAAACUGAAGAAGCUGCUGGUGGACUACCCCGACGCGCGAUUCGAACUAGAAGCGCUCGAACGACGCGCACGCAUGCCCAGUGAGCAGAAUGAAGCCGAGCGAUUACCGCCUCCUGGCUGGAUCCAGAAUCCCGUCGGCGUCUGGGUUCCCGGUGCUCAUGCGCAACAGCAACAGCCACAGCCACAGCCGCCGCACAUGUAUUCACAGCCUCACAGUUUUGGCCGCGAUGCUGCGCUCACACCUCGUCCCACACCUGGGCCACCAGCUCAUCAGAAGUCCGACGCGCCCUCGACCCCGCAAGUCAAAGAUGAGCAUCACGACCUACCCUCCGGCCGCUCGCUCGACAACAUUCUGGUCGAGAUCAAUUGGAAUCGCAACCUUGACUACUCGGAUCACGUUGAGAUGCAGGAAUUUGAUACUGUCCAGAAGCUGUUUGACAUGGUCGAGGAAGCUCGUCCCGAUGAGCUGCUCCGGGACCGUGAUGUGAUCAAGGAGAUUCGGAUCAAAUCCAAGACUGAACUUCACGGUCCCGGUGGGCAAGUGUUACCUCGCAUUGUGCAUGACGAGACGCGAGGCCGAGCGAGCGUGAAGCAGUUGAUCCGCAAGCUGAGAAGCCAACCUCCCGAUAUGGAGAUUGAGCUCGUUUUUGACGUGAUGUGGAAGCCAGGGGAAGCGAAGUAGCUCCGAACUAUCUAAUAGCCGCUUUGUGGAGGAGGAGGAGGAGGAGGCAGAAAUGCCAAGAUACCACAAGCUCAGCACGCGGAGUGGAGAGUGUACCGACGACGACGACGACGACUGACUGACUAUGCCCUGUGCAAUCAAUUGUUCAGCACAGGAAAACAAAACAAGGCCGCAACGGCAGCCCCAUCAUGUGGCAUCACAAAUUCAUUUUGGCGACUUCUGUAACAACUAACAACAAAAUCAGGCAGCGAAGGCGUUUUCCUUAGAAAGAGAGAGGGGAGGGAGGGAGGAAGAGGUUGGGCAAAAAAGUCUGUCGCCAGAAUUUCUCUUACGAUACCUAGGUACAGAUCGUCAGUAUAAGGGUACAAGGCUGAACAGAUGUCACAGUUAUGAUAGACCACAGAACAGUAUUAAUGUCCAUGACUCGUUGGCUGAUGGGGGGAAGAAGCCAAGAGCGCCACAAUCGUCAACAUGUAUCUGUACAGCUUGGACACGAUUUACUAUCUUACACUGUGUGACUGUGAUGACCUCGUGUCGA